UGGUGAGAGCAGGGUAAAAGUACUAAAAAAAUGUUGCCGCUCCACAACACUGGGACGGACUGAAUGGAGGCAACGCUGUCAGCGAGCGGAGAUAAUAAAUCCGUCUGCCGUGUACCGCGACACACACCGGUAAGCAGAAAUACAAGAGCGGCUUGUUGACUUCUCCGUAAACGUCCAGCCCUCGGCCUCCCCAUGCCUCCAUCUCCCCUUGACGACAGAAUUGUGGUGGCGCUGCCAAGGCCGAUCCGACCUCAGGAACUCCAACUGCGCCUGGACACCAGCUACCUGGACUCUAUCGCCACCAGCAGCAGCAGCAAGACCGUCAUCAGCACCACCGUGGUGAAGAUCCGGGCGACGGCCAAUCUUGUAACGUAUAUGCCCUCAUCCAAGGGCUCCACGCGCUCGUUGUCGUGUGGAUGCAGCAGUGCCAGCUGCUGCUCUGUGACUACCUAUGAGAAGGACAGCCAGAGCCUCAGCCACAGCCAGGUGAGCGCCAGCAGCCCCAACCUCAGCUAUGCCGGGCCCCCCACUCCUAUGGUCAGCCACCAUGAAGUAUUAAGCGCUCCCAGUCUCACCCCUGGCACCCCGAAGGCCCUGUCAGCCGUGAGGGUCAUCCACCCCAACGAGCUGGCCAAGCGGAUGACCUGCUGCCCCAUGGGACACCCCGUGGGGCCUGUGCCGGUCAUCAUCGACUGCCGGCCCUUCAUGGAGUACAACAAGAGCCACAUCCGGGGGGCCGUGCACAUCAACUGCUCGGACAAGAUCAGCCGGCGGCGGCUGCAGCAGGGCAAGAUCACUGUGCUGGACCUCAUCUCCUGUCGCGAGGGCAAGGACUCUUACAAGGGCAUCUUCUCCAAAGAGAUCGUGGUUUACGAUGAGAGCACCACGGACCCCAACAGGCUGACAUUCUCCCAGCCACUGCAUGUGGUCCUGGAGUCACUGAGGAGGGAGGGCAAGGACCCCAUCAUCCUCAAAGGAGGCCUUAGCAGCUUCAGACAGAGCCACGAGAACCUGUGCGAGCACUCGCUGCACCUCCACGAAGGCCUGGACACCGGCGCAGCUGCUGGCCUGACGGGGGCGCUACCUCACUCCCUGCCCUCCACCCCAGACAUUGAGAACGCAGAGCUGACACCAAUCCUGCCCUUCCUCUACCUGGGGAACGAGCAAGACGCUCAGGACAUCAACCUGCUGCAGCGCUUCAACAUCGGCUACAUCCUAAAUGUGACCACCCACCUGCCGCUCUACCACUACGACACGGGCCUCUUCAUCUACAAGCGCCUCCCCGCCACAGACAGCAACAAGCAGAACCUGCGGCAGUACUUCGAGGAGGCGUUUGAAUUCAUUGAGGAAGCACACCAAGCAGGUAUGGGCCUCCUGAUCCACUGCCAGGCAGGCGUUUCUCGUUCAGCCACCAUCGUGAUCGCCUACCUGAUGAAGCACACCUGGAUGACCAUGACGGACGCCUACAAGUUUGUCAAAACCAGGAGGCCCAUCAUCUCCCCGAACCUCAACUUCAUGGGCCAGCUGUUGGAGUUCGAGGAGGACCUCAACAACGGAAUAACGCCACGUAUCCUCACACCAAAGCUGAUUGGUGUGGAAACCGUCGUCUAAGCGAACCCUUCGACUCGACGCUCACACUCGUACUCACUCUCACUGCUCCUCAAGAGAGAACGGCUGCUCCGGGAGCUGGUUUGGAGCGUGAGAGCCGCUGUAUUCUUCUUGAAUCUCCUCAUGCUCAUCUUGGACUCUCUGGAGUGCCAAAGCUCUGGGUCAGUGGUGAUGAGAAAUGCCAAAAAUCCCUACUGUUUGGACCUGGCCGAAGUCCCGGAGGAGAAGAUGAGUUAGAGCGAUAGAGAGGGGAGGCGGUCAGUGGGAAGCUUUCCAUUUGUGACCGCAGAGGAGCAAACACGAGGGGAAAGAAAAUCGGUUUGGAAAAGAUACUCUAUGUGCUUUGGGGCAAUUACUGAGAAGAGGAACUCUUAAAGCUCACACUGUGGCACACAGUUUAUGUUUGCGGACUCAGGCGGGGUUGGCCACGGCAGUGCCUGUCAAAAAGAAAAAAAAAAAGAAGACGACUUGUUUGGUGUGUUAAUGUUGUUGUUCUAUUUUUAUACAGGGGUUUAUGGGGGUGACCAUGACAAGCCCACAGCGGCUUACUGUGCAAUAAUUUCAGAGUGGAAUGCAACUGAGACCUUGAUCUUAUGUGUAUAUAUCGGUAAUGAUUACAAAACAUUUCCAGCUCUUUGCUGAAAUGCCAUUUUGAUGUUAAUGUAAUUACUGUUGUUAGGUUCUGUAUGUUUUACGGUGCACACAGUUAUGCUGUAAUAUUUGGCGCAGGCGUGUACGAGAGACAGAAAAAAAAAGGAGGGUUUUAUUUUUUGAGUGCAGCUUGUGGGUUUAUGUCGGUCAUCUGUGUAUUUGCAAAAUACACAAACACAAAUUCAUAGUUCGUGUGUGUGCUUCUUUGUUUUGCCAUUCCUGCAUCCACAUAUGCAUAUAUUUUAGCAAUAUAUAUAUAUUACCAGACAGCCAUAAGAGCUUUUUUUUAUGCACGGCUGCUGGCAGAGGAAAGAACACGUUGAAAUUAUCAGUGAAUAUUGUAAAACAGGGCUACUGGUGAUGUUUAAUGUAACAGAACGGAGAAAGUUCACUGCCUGCCUGUUUUCUCCUCUGUUCGUUUUGCUCCCAUUCAUCCGUGAGCCAGAUCUGUCGUAAUGCACUCUACUGUGUCCCUAUGUAGCUGUGUGUGUGUGUGUGUGUGUGUGUGUGUCAGUGCCCAAAACUUUGAGCUAUGAUUUGUCCGUUGUUAGGUAGCAGAGUUGAGGUACAGACUUCAGUCACCUCCUCCCAUGGGUGCAGUGUGACGGUGGUGGUACAGCAGAGCAGUGUGACCCUUGUCUAAUCUUUUGCAGCUCUCCGUCGCUGACACUAAGCUACAGUUAAGUGAGCUCUCCUGCCUUGCAUAGGCAAGCGCUGCUGUCACGUGCUGUUCUAGUGCCUCUAUCGAUGCCUUAAUCCAUGUGUCACCACUGGGCCUGCGCAUGGCACACCAUCACGUGCAGACGAAUGCAGAGCGAGGUCGAACUUCAGCUCCCAGACAACAGCUCCUCUUGGUCUUUGUGUGACGUACAAUUUUAACUUCUAAAAAGAUUAUUUCUGCUGUUCCCGAUUCAUAUGCAGAAGUUCUGAAAAUUUGCAUUCACAGAUGCUGAAAAGCCUUGAGGUGAAGAUGCUCCUUACGUAAUUCUGAUCUCUUGGUGGCAUUUGAAGGGGAAUCUGAACACCACCGUGAAUUGUAAAUCGACUCCGCACUAAAUAGUAGUGGCUUAGCGAGUAUAUGCACACACACAAAGUUUACCCUCAUCCUGUUGCAUCUGAAUAUACUCACCUUUGAUUACAACAGCUACGUGUAGACAGAUCUGCGGAGAAAGGCUAAAAAAAAAAAAAAAGCUCAACUUGCUAGUGCUUCCUCUUCAUGCCUUUAGCUCGGUGUUAGCUGAAGGCAUGAAAAAGAAGCGCUGCACAUGGCAGAUUUUUUGCACUGUUGCCAAACUGAAUCUAAAUUUUGCAUUUCAGCUUAGCCAUUUUUUACACACUUGACUGUCUUGACUUUUGAUGGUUGUAGUGAAAAUUCUAAAAAGGGAACCUUCUUAGCACCCAGGUGGGAUGCAUGUUUUUUAAGGUGUAGUUCACACGCCUUUUCAACCAUCUGUGUAUCACUUAGCACACAGUAUGAAGGCCAUGUCUUGUUGAAAUGUGUGCACAGCGAUAUAUAGAGUGAGCAUUUAAACUGAAUUUUAGAGAUCAGUGUUGUGUGAAAGCCUUGAAUCUCAAAAAUGUUAAUUUUCCUUUCCAAACUGAGAAAAAUAGCUUUGUUUUAGCCUCAAACGCAUCACACAACUGCACAUCUUCAACCCGAUUGGUUGUGAUUUGAUAAACCCAAGGGCUGUCAACACAUAUAAGAGCACGUAGUCCUUCAGCUGAAGCUUAAACAUGAAAUUCAGACCAAAAAAAAACAAAACAAAAUGAGGAGAGCAAGGUCUCCAUCCAAUAUUUUGUAGUUCCUACCAAGCUGAAUGGAAGCCGCUUCCUCACAAAUGAUGGUUUCUGUUCUGUUUCUGUCUGGAUUGUCUUCAGCUCUCCAUUGUGUGCAUGAAAAUAAAGGCAUAAAAUGAAGCACAGGGCUAACAAUAUCAUUGUCAAAGCACCAGAAACCGUGUUUAUUUUGCAGCGCAGCCUCUGUGAACCAUCAUAUCUUCAAAAGUACAUCUGAAUCCAGACGUUUGGAAAGCGAUCACGUGCGUCUCUGUCAGCCAGACGAAGGAGAAUGCGAGGACUUUUCAGAGCGUAGUGAAUACACAGUGCACUCUUUAAGGCUUUACAACACCGACAUUCACAACAAUAAGCUUCAACAAUCCCUCAUGUGAAAAUUCAUGCUAUGCAAAUGAAAUUGUAACAGGUUUCGUCUUUAACCGACGGUCAUGAAAAGUGUUUUGUGGGGUCUUUUUCGAGCAUGAAUAACAGUUUGCAGCCUCAGACUAAAGCCAGUUUUCUAUGUGAGACUUAAUGACAGAGAAGUUAAAAAAAAAAAAAAGUUUGUGUGGCGACGUGUCCUCACUUGUAUUUUUGUUGCUGUUGUCAUUGGUGUCUACUGGUGCUCCACAAUAUAUCGGAAUAUGAUAAAAGGUAUAUAAUAACAAUUUACCACAUGUUUGUAGCUUGUGCAUUUAUAUUGAGUGAUUUGCAAAAACAAAAAAAAGAGUGCUUAUCAUCUGAGCCAAUGUUAUAUAACAAUAAUGUACCUUUUCGUCCCAUCUGCUGGUUCCUACAACCGCAGCGGCACAUGGCUUUUUGUAUGUUAUUAUCUAUUUGACUGAACAAUGUAACCGUCAUACUGUAAAAUACUCUCUGGUUGGAAAACGAAGCAUGCUGUGUGCUCCUGGUCUGUGAGGGACACUCACAGUCAUUAUGGUGCUGUUUGUCUUUUCCCACACUGCUCUUUCUGUAGAGGUCAUAGCCUGAUUGACAGCUCCAAGAGGCAUCUGGGUAUCUGUUCCCUUUUAUUUGGAAACACGGUUCUGUAUUAGAACAAUAUCAAGCUGUCAUAUUUGAUGUGCACUCUUUACGACUAGACUUGUUUAAGAGUCUGCUUUGGGCUCAGAGGCUCCGGCGGAAAUGGGCUUCGCUCUACAAGUCUCUGUAUCUUUCUUUGUGUCUGUAGUCAACGGUCAAGUAUAUACAGUAUAUAAAUAUAUAUCUAUUUUCUUUGUAUGCAUAUAUUCAUUACUAUUUUUGCACUGACCUACGGACAGAUGGAUUUAUUUUUUUCCACAAAGGGUGCUAUUAUAACGGAGGCCUUCUCCCACACCUUUUUGCAUGACUUGCUCAAAAUUCCUCAACCGGUCUGUCAUCUCUCCUACUCUUCUCCUACUACUCCUUGAACUGUUGCAAUUGAAGCACUGUAAUUUUGUAAUCCCUACUUGUGAGCUUUGAAAUAAACAGGGAGGCUUCAAGUUUG